AUGGACCAUGAAGUGCUGUCGGUCUCUAACCCGAAUCCUCGUCGUCUUCCCGGCCCUCAAUUGCUGCAUCAACUUGUCGCAUCUUCAAACGAUGGCAUCGCAAUAGAUUAUUUGUGUGAAGAUGUUUGCUCUUCAUACUCUUACAAACAACUCCACGAUGCGUCCCAACAGCUGUCAAAACUCAUCAGCUUCCUUCACCGGGAGCUUGACAGUCACGCGGACAUGAUUGUUCCUGUUAUGAUGCCACAGUGCCCUCAACUUUACAUCUCGUUGUUGGCGGUGCUCAAAGCGGGCGGUGCAUUCUGUCCCUUGAACAUUGAGACUCCCCCUGAGAGAGUAAUGUUCAUUCUUAAUGACGUAUCAGCAAAGGUCGUCUUGGUCACGCGGCAGCUUGCCGAGUCGAUACCAUCUGAAUGUGACGUGGCCGUGAUCCAAGUUGAUGCAUUGGGAUCUUUAUCAGAAUACGAGAACAUCUCAAAUCGCGCAACCUGUCCCGAUCGAUUGGCUUAUGUCAUGUAUACAUCAGGAUCCACGGGGACGCCUAAAGGUGUUGGUCUUAGUCACAGAGCAGCAACACAAGCACUUCUCGCCCAUGAUCGUCAUCUCCCCCAAUUCACAAGAUUUUUGCAGUUUGCCGCCCCGACAUUUGAUGUUUCAGUGUUCGAGAUCUUUUUCCCCUUUUUCAGGGGAAGAACCCUCGUGUGCGUGAGGAGGGAGGAGAUGCUUAAUGAUUUGCCAGCUAGCAUGCGUCGAAUGAACGUUGACGCCUGCGAACUUACUCCAACCGUGGCAGGCGGCCUUCUCAAGAAACGCCAAAAUGUCCCAAGCCUGAGGCUCUUGUUAACAAUUGGCGAAAUGCUGAAAAUGCCCGUCAUACAAGAGUUUGGUGGCAAUGAAGAGCAGGAGAGCUUGCUUUGGGCCAUGUACGGUCCCACAGAAGCAACGAUACACUGCACUUUGAAACCGAGCAUCCCGUCAAAUUCGUCUCCUGGAAGCAUCGGGCUGCCACUUGACACGGUUUCCUGUUUUGUUAUUAAACCGGCAAAUUCUUCCAAAGAGCACCAUGACUUUCAGCUUCUUCCCAGGGGAGAGGCUGGGGAACUCGCUAUCGGUGGUUUUCAGCUGGCCAGAGGCUAUUUAAACCGCCCCGAACAAAAUACAGCUGCCUUUAUUGAUUCACCCUAUGGUAGGAUAUAUCGCACCGGAGACAAAGCCGUCAUGAAAUCCGAUGGCUCAUUUGAAUGUCUUGGUCGGCUAUCAGAUGGCCAGGUUAAACUUCGUGGUCAACGCAUUGAACUUGGCGAGAUUGAGCACGCCGCCUUGAGAGCCCCUGGGUGUCAUGGUGCUUGCGCUGCUGUCGUGAGCGCUAAUCUAGUGCUGUUUUGCGCCGUGGAUCACGGUGUAACAGAAGACAUCAUCGAAGGAAUUUGCAGAUCAUGGCUCCCGCGAUUCAUGAUACCACACGAUAUUGUUUUGAUGGGCGAAUUUCCGCGACUUCCAAGUGGGAAAGUGAAUAAAAAGAAGCUCGAAUCUGAGUUUAAGCAACAGAAACCAGCUGCAAUUGUUGCAUCAGAACCUUCUUGUGGCUUAACGCGGCUAGAAAUGGACAUGAUUGACACUAUUUCCGAGUUAGCGAGACAGAACGUCAACCUUCAGACUAAACUGGCCACUGUGGGUAUAGACUCACUGUCAGCGAUCAAGUUGGUAGCUGCUCUUCGACACAAAGGCUACGACUCAUCAGUUGCCGACCUUUUGAAGCUCAGAACAGUAGGUGAGAUAUGCAACCAUCUGCAAGGGAGGUCUCGGGUCUGCGCGACGCCGCAAAAUAGUGAAAGACGCUUGAAGGAGCUUGGUUCACGCAGCCCAGUGCCUCAACGGCAACUUUUGUCGACGCACGUGGGCGGAUUGGUAGAAAGGGUCAUGGCGUGUACGGAAUUGCAGUCUUGGAUUCUGGCGGAAACCGAGCAAAAUUCAAGAACCAACUGCAACGAAAUCUUACUGAAAGCUGCAUCGUCUGUGAAAACCGAAACAUUGUUUGAUGCUUUCUCCGAAGUAAUACAAAGUAACGAAAUUCUCCGAACUGGAUUUCUACAGUGGGAAGGAAGAUAUAUUUCGGUCGUUUUUCCGAGACCACGAAUCGGUCAAGUCGAAAUCCGGCCAGAGCUCCAACGUCGGUUGGGAAUGAGCACCAAGGAAGAUUUUCUAACAACCUUUCAGGUCCAAUUGAUUUCUGCCAGAGAGAAUGAAGGGCCAGGCAUCUUCAUACAAGCGCACCAUGCCAUAUACGAUGGCUGGACCAUGGACAUGCUUCUUUCCGAUGUGUCACAAUUACUUCAAGGCAUAUCUCUGCCGCCUCGUCCUCAGUUCAAAGAUAUCGCCAGUUUCCAAACGUUGAUUACAAAAGAAGAAAAGGACAACUCGAGGGCGUUUUGGAGCAAAGCACUACUUAAUUGGAGUAAAGUGCCAUUUCCCAAGCUUCUAGCUCGCCCUGGACCAGAUGAAAUUUGCACAAAGACAGACUUUGUCGAGAUAGCACCGGCAGCUGUUGAAGAAUUGUCACGUAUGAAUGAGAUAAGCAUUGCGGUUUUAUUUCAAGCUGCGUUGGCCAUGACAUGGCGAGGGGUGACUGGAGAACCCGAUGUCUUGUUUGGAUCAGUUGUCUCGGGACGAACAAUGCCAGUCCCAUGCAUAGAGCAAAUCAUGGGCCCUUGCAUUGCAUCAGUGCCCCUGAGAAUAGACACUGGAACCAUGAAGACAACACUUGAUAUUCUGAGAAGUAUCCACCGGAGCAAUCGUGCUGCCAUGGAGCAUUGCAACCUUUCACUAUCCGAAAUAGGCAAGCUAGUCGGGGCUCAGGCUGGCGAGUCAUUGUAUGAUGUUUUGUUCGUCUACCAACAGUCUUUAUAUGAUUUCGAAGGUACACAUGGUCUGUUGAGGCACGUAAGCCAUCUCGAUAGACUGGAAACAAAGUUGCUGGUAGAAGUGGAACCUCGGCCAACAGGUUUCGCUUUACAGAUCACAUACCAUUCUACUUCAAUUGAAUCGGGUUUUGUGGAUGAGGUUUCCCAGCAGAUUGGAAGCUUUUGCAGGGCAAUUCUUCUCAACUCAACUGGGACCUUGGAAGCAGCUGGUAAAGAAGUUCGGGUAAAAUUGUCGGCUUUUGAAGAAAGAGUUGACAUCAAAAAUGAGCCUCAUGAUCUCGUGUCUCUCUUUGACGCCUCAGCGAAGCGAAAUCCAGAUGCGGAAGCGAUAAGAUUCGUGACCUCUGUCGAGAAGAGUGGAUUCAAAACCACAACAUUGUCUUAUUCGGCAGUAAAUCAGAAAGCAAAUCAGAUAGCACACCAUCUUCAACGUUCUGGUGCAGAGGUUGGAGAUGUUAUCGCGAUCAUCAUGCCAAAAUCUGCGAUAUUCUACACUUCAACUUUGGGAGUCCUAAAGGCGGGCUGUGCUUACUUACCUAUCUUACCAACCACUCCUGCCGAAAGGAUACGUGAAAUAUUGCAGCAAGCAAAUGCCAAGCAUUGCUUGGUUGACGAUGCCCUCACUGAGGACAUCUUGCUGCCAGAUUCGGUCACUCUUCUCAAUGUACAUUCCAUGUCGACUUCAGAUAUGCAGCCUGCGAGCAUCCAUUUACCUUCAAGUCCUGAUCGCCUUGCCUACGUAAUCUUCACCUCGGGAUCAACCGGAACUCCGAAAGGCGUCGCCGUUACUCAGAGAAGUAUUGCGAGUAAUGUUGCUCACCUGAGCACGGUCUAUCCAAUAACAGCAGCCCGACCUCGAUUGCUGCAGGCUUGUUCGCCCACGUUUGACGUCUCGGUUUUCGAAAUAUAUUAUGCCUGGAAUGUUGGUAUGAGUCUAUGCGGAGCCGACAACGAUGUUCUUUUCACGGACCUUGAACACGCUAUCCGAGAGCUUAGAAUCACGCAUCUUAGCUUGACGCCAACUGUUGCUUCCCUCAUAAAGCCGCAAAACGUACCACAAGUCGAAUGCAUUGUCACUGCGGGGGAACCUUUGACUUCGCCUGUUCUUGAUAACUGGGGAUCGUUGUUAUUUCAGGGAUAUGGCCCCUCCGAGACAACCAAUAUCUGUGUCAUUGGGAAAAUGUCUCAGGGAGAUAACCCUCAGCAUCUAGGAUGGGCGUUGCCAAGUACGUCUGUUUUUGUCAUGGCGCCUAAUACACUAGAUGUUUUGCCGAUUGGAUGGAUCGGCGAACUCUGUUUCGGUGGCGGCCAAGUUGCUCGUGGGUAUCUCAAUGAUGAAGCACUGACUGCUAAGAACUUCAUCGUACAUCCAUUUUUUGGAAGAAUAUACAGAUCCGGAGACAUGGGUAGAAUGCUGCCUGACGGAUCCUUGAUGUUUAGCGGUCGAACAGAUGAUCAAAUAAAACUCCGAGGACAGCUCAUCGAGGCCAGCGAGGUGAACAGCACGUUGACGAACAAUUCCUCAACAGAAAUUGCUAUCACAAUCCUUGUUAAAGGAGGAGAGCUUCAAUCAGAUCAACUAGCUACUUUUUACAAGCCAAGACACACGGUCCAAUCAUCAAAGAUACUUGAGAUAAACGCCCAUCUACAUCACACAUUAUUUUCGACGCUGAAAUCUCGUCUACCCGCAUACAUGAUUCCGUCUUACAUGAUCCCAGUUUCGGACUUGCCUAUUACACCAAGUGGAAAAGUGGACAAACGCAUCUUGAUACAAUGGUUCGAAGCUCUUCCUGGAGAUUACCUUCAGAGAGCGUCUGAAACCUCCUUUGUGACGGAAUACGAUGCCCAGUGGACCAAACUUGAACAACAGAUUGCCCAAGUCGUGGCCGAGUCGUGCAAUAUUUCGAAAACAGAGAUUGGAAGGUGGACCCCAUUCGCAAGCUUGGGAAUCGAUUCCAUAUCUGCAAUCCCACUUUCAAGAUUGUUGAGGGGCCGCCUGGAGUUCCCAGUCCCUAUAUCCACUAUUCUACGCAAUCCAACCGUGAUGCAACUGGCGCAAUCUCUGAGCCGACGUGAUGACCAAACACCACGUCAAGCAUACCAGAACACCCGGGAUUGCAUGAAAAGGUUUGGCACAGAAGUUCAGGAGGAUUUGAGGCAUAAGAGUGCGGAUAUCGAGGAUAUUCUGCCGUGUGUGCCGUUGCAAGAGGCAAUGCUAUUGAAGGGUCAGGGAAGCUACUACAAUAAGAUUCUCCUACGACUCCAGGUUUCACCAAGUGCUAUGCAGUCCUACUUCAACGAGGUUUCAAGGAGGCAUGGAAUAUUGAGAACAUGUUUCGUUACUACCAGAAAUAAUGCGCACCCGAUAGCUCAGGUUAUUCUGCGCAAAUGGCGUUUACCAUGGAGAACGUUCGAGGUAACUGAGCCUUCUCUCGAGAGGGCAAGCCGAGAGCACCUUGAUUCGCUUCCGGAGCCUCUUGACUCGAUGAUACCGCCAUGUUCCUUGGCUGUGAUACGGUAUAGAGGGUCAAACUUUUUGUCAUUUAUAUGCCACCAUGCCCUGUACGACGGCAUUGCAAUGGAAAAUAUCUGGAGAGAAGUGGAAUCUUUGGCUCACCACCAAGUUUUACCAGCUCCUGUGUCUUACCUGCCGUUCCUUCAGCAAUCUUUGACUCUUCCAGCUGAUGUGGAAUCUUUUUGGCAGAAGGAAUUCGAAGGAUUCGAAGGGCUCUCUGAAUUUGCUCGAUCCUCAAAACUCAGUUUCAAUCAGUGUACACACACCUCUUCUAUCGAUAUGCCCUUUGAGGAAAUCCAACGAAAAGCGAGGCGCUUGGGAGUAUCUCUGUUAUCAGUUUGCCAGGCCUCCUGGGCUGCAGUGCUUGCAUCCAUGUUCGAUAAGCCAGACAUAACCUUUGGAAAUGUGGUCAGCGGUCGAACAACUGCGCUUGACGGAAUCGACCGUCUAGUCGCACCUUGCUUCAACACAAUUCCCUUGCGCAUGGAUAUAUCGAAAAGCACACAGAGCAUUGACCUUCUCGAAAGGUACCAGAACCUCAAUGUGAAACUGUUUCCAUAUCAAUUUUCACCGCUCAAGCUUGUUCAAAAAAUUGUCGGAACUCAGAAUCGCGUGUUAUUCAAUACGCUUUUCCUUCUACAGAAGCCUUUGACAGAUAUGGAUAAAAGCAUCUGGACGCUAGAGGAAGAUUCAGGAAGCAUGGAUGUCGCUCUGCUUUGCGAAGUUGUUCCAUGUCCCAAGUUAAACUCUAUAAUCCUGAACUUGCACUACGAUAUGGACAUCAUCACAGACGAACUAGCGUCAUCUAUUUCGGACACUUUUAAACUUGUGAUGCGCUCAAUGUUGUCAUCUCCUUUCGACUCUGUCCCUGGUCAAUUCUUGACUCUUUCUUCGGCCGAAAACUUUCGAAGUCUCGUAAUCAUGAAGACAAAGCGUCUCGUAACUGAGCAAGAGGGAAAAGGUUCUCAGUGGACCGUUCUGGAAAAGAAAGUUCGUAAAUCGAUUGCCAGUGUUUCAAAGACAGAAGAGUCUGUUAUUCACCACCAUACAACCAUCUUUCAACUGGGUCUGGAUAGCAUCAAUGCAGUCCAGAUUGCGUCGCUGCUUCGAUCUCAAGGCUUUCCCGUUUCUUCUUCCGAUGUCGUGGAGUGCCCCAGUUGCGAGAGGCUAGCAGCCAGGAUUGAACAGAGUCUCAAAAAGCUAGGUAGCCAAUCCCCCACGCUGAACUUUGCCGCAUUCCGGAAAGCUAUUGCAGCAGAGAUCAUCGAUGGUGUCCCCUCCAACGUAAACAUAGAAGCCGUGCUGCCAUGUACCGCCAUACAAAACGCGAUGCUCACGGCUUUCCUCCAAUCAGCUGAAGGGAGUUAUCUCAACUUUUUGUUUUACAGAAUUGAAGACAGAACUAAUAUUCAAGAGCUUGCUGGCGCCUGGAAGUUACUUCAGCAACACCACCCCAUGCUACGUACCGGAUUUGUCCCGACUUCGCAUCCGCAUAGUGCUUUUGCCAUGUUAAGACGAGAGGCAACCGACUUAAAUCCCCCGGUGCAGUUAUUUUGCCGUGAAAGUAGCAACGUCUUCAAUUUCUCAUCGUGGAAAGAGGAAACUCGAUUGCAACUGAGAAAAAACAUGAGCAUGCCGCCCUGGAGAAUAGCCCUGGUUCAAGAUGGAGAAGCCAUACUGAUGCAUAUUGCGAUUCAUCAUGCGUUGUAUGAUGCUAUCUCUUUCCAUGGUCUUAUUCACGGACUUUAUCAAUUUUUGCAAAAGAAACCUUGCAGGUUUGGAAACAUCGAGCCAGCGCUGGCAGAGAUAGUGUCACGAACACAAGAUGACCUGUCGCAGUCGCGGCAAUUCUGGCAGAGCUAUGCAGAGAGGACCGUGGUCAAUAAGUUUCCAGUAAUGACUCCGCUACGUGUCGGACUUGGAAAAGUAAUCAUUAAGCAAAAGCAGUUCUCAAUGACACAUGAAGAGGUGCAUGCGGCAACAGCUUUGAUCGGGACGUCGUUACAAGUCGUCUUGCAAGCCACCUGGGCAAGGCUCCUGGCCUCAUACCUGGGGGAGCGUUCGGUUGUUUUUGGAGUUUGUUUGGCCGGAAGAACGACAGACGAAACUAUUACUGCUCCAUUCCCAUGUAUCACGACGGUCCCUAUCGUGGUGGAAACGACGAAAUCGAACAAAAGCAUGAUGAACAGAAUGAACGAGUUCAAUUCAACCUUGCACAAGCAUCAAUUUGCGGCACUUUCAAGCAUACAAAAAUGGCUUGGAUACCCUAGUACGCCAGUUUUUGAUACUAUUCUGGUGUAUCAAAAUGCAAGAUCUUCUCCAUCAGUUAUGCCAGGUUGGGACCUUGUUGCAGAUGAGCCAUGCGUUGAAUACGCUGUGUCUUUGGAGUAUGAAUCAUCUCGUGAAGGAGAUGCACUCAUAAGGAUCACCACGAGGUCUGAUGUUUUGCCUUCGGAGCAAGCAGAACUGAUGCUCCGGCAAUUCGACGCAAUAUUGGCGCAUUUUUUGAAGCAGCCGGACGGAACGGAGCACGAACUUUAUACGACGGAGGAGGGAAUAUUUUCCAUUUCUCCUGCUAGGAUGCCAGCGAUGAUAGCUCAAGUUGAGUUAGUGCACCAGUUAGUUGAGAAAAACGCUGAGUCGCAACCAGAUUCCCCAGCUUUAGAGUUCGUCAAGUCCUUCGAUAGCCAAUGCGAUUCUGCAAGCGUUUGGUCUUACAGAGAACUGGAUGAGGCCGGAAACCAAGUCGCUCAUCUUCUAUCAGACAUGGUCAGCGUUGGAGAUACUGUUGCUGUGCAUUUUCCAAAAUGCCCUGAGGCAUACAUCUCCAUACUGGGAGUUCUGAAGGCGGGAUGUUCGUUUGUCGCUCUGGACCCCAGUCUGCCCGACGCACGAAAGAAAUUCAUUCUAGAAGACUCAAAGGCAGCUUGCCUCUUGACCGAUGACCCUGCCGCUGCUCCCUCCGAUAUUGGGGUACCAGCCGUACUCAUUGAUAUUGGAGGAAUCAAAGAGCUUCCAGUGACCCGUGUCAUACAUGAACCCGGUAUAAUGUCGACUAGUACUUGCUACUGUCUUUACACGUCGGGAACUACGGGAACUCCCAAAGGCUGCGAAAUAACGCACGAAAAUACAGUACAAGCUAUGAUGGCGUUUCAGCAUCUUUUUGAAGGGCACUGGCAGAGAGAAUCGAGGUGGUUGCAGUUUGCUGCUUUUCAUUUUGACGUUUCCGUCUUAGAACAAUACUGGAGCUGGUCCGUCGGCAUAACAGUCGUAGCCGCACCGAAGGACUUGAUACUGGAUGAUCUCGUGGGAUCUAUCAGCAAGUUGCGAAUCACGCAUUUAGACCUGACGCCAAGUCUAGCUCGGCUUACUCACCCCGAUGAGCUUCCAGACCUGUGCAAAGGUGUCUUCAUCACUGGAGGCGAACAGCUGAACCAAGACAUUCUCGACGCGUGGGGACCGAAAGCUGUAAUAUAUAAUGCUUACGGGCCAACGGAAGCUACCAUUGGUGUGACGAUGUAUAAACGCGUCCCUAUCAAUGGAAGGCCGAGUAACAUUGGGCAGCAAUUCCCCAACGUGGGAUCCUACAUCUUCCACACUGGUACGGAAAUUCCGGUUCUGAGAGGUGGUGUCGGCGAGCUCUGUGUCUCCGGAAAACUGGUUGGAAAAGGUUACCUGCAGCGCCCGGAGCUCUCGAAAGAAAAAUUUCCCGUGCUUUCAUACUUCAAAGAGAGAGUUUACCGCACAGGAGACCUAGUGAGAAUCCUACAUGAUGGCUGCUUCGAGUUCCUAGGCAGAGCAGAUGACCAGGUAAAGCUGCGUGGUCAACGCCUAGAGAUUGAAGAGAUUAACCAAGUCAUACGCAGUGGGAAUUCUCAAGUCCAGAAUGCAGCUACGCUCGUUAUCAGUCAUGAAAAAAAGGAUUUUCUCGUGGCGUUCGUGACCAGACAUGAUGAAGCUACCACACAUCUUCGCAUCACAGGAGAUGACGAUGAAAUAACGAAAAAAGCUCGCAAAUCUUGUCUUGAAAAACUACCUGGCUAUAUGGUACCGACAUAUUUCAUUCCUCUGUCAUAUAUUCCGCUGUCGUCCAAUAACAAAGUGGAAGCCAAGCGAUUGAGGCUAUUUUUUGAUGACAUAGGUCAAGAGCGCCUUAUGCAAUUUACUGGCCAAAGAAGCCAUUCACGGAACACUCAUCUUGAUCAUACUACCCUUGAAACUGUUGUGGGGGUGUUGGCGGAAUUCUGCAGGAUUCCGAGGGUCAAGAUUUUGAGGUCAACAAGUAUAUUCGACCUCGGCGUUGACUCCAUUUCCGCCCUGCAACUCUCAACGUUGCUCAAAAACAAGGGCAUUGAUGCCGCGACACCGGCUCGAAUACUCCGUUUUCCAAUUGUCGCGGAUCUAGUCCACGAAUUAGCUGGCAAGGGCACACGUAAGAACAGUUCUCAAGUGGCAAAGGAGGUCAAACAGAUGUUGCAAGUUUGGCAAUACAGGUAUCGCGGCAUCGCCUGCCGGGAGCUACAAGUAGAGCCGUGUAAGGUCGAAUAUAUAACUCCGUGUUCUCCUCUUCAGGAAGGAAUGAUAUCUGCAGCCCUUUCGGAAAACUCUACACGUCCCUACUUCAAUUGGUUUGAUAUACAACUCAGAAGCGAAACGUCGAUGACCAGGGUCCAGCAAGCUUGGGAGUUGACUUUGUUGAAUAAUCCCAUAUUGCGCUCGGUGUUUUUGAGGACCACUGACGGCUUUUUCCAAGUUGCUUUACAUGGAACGCAAAACUUCUGGCAUCUCAUCUCUGUUGCUGCUGACGACGGCAUCGAGGCAGCUUUGGAGGAUCAGAGGUCAAGCUGGAUUGCAAGCAACUCCUCACAUAUCGUUUCUCCAUUUCAAUUUAUACAGGUCCAGGGACCGGGGAAACAAGCGCUUAGACUUCAUAUGUUCCAUGGCCUUUAUGAUGGCAACAGUUUUGAACUCAUGAACAAAUAUGCCUUGUGCGUCUAUGAAUCAGAACAUCCUCCUCCUGCGCCGAGCUAUGUUGAAGCUCUUUAUCGCGGUCCUUUAAGGAGCUUUGAAUUCUGCAAAAAUUUUUGGAUUUCACAUCUGGGACGUUGGGAGUUCUGUCCUAUUUCAUUUGCAGCUCCUUCUUUAGCCAGGUCGAGGUUCAUUGAGUGCUGUCGUUUUCUUCCAAUCGAAGCCCUGGAGAAUUUACGAAGCCAAGCGAAUGUAACACUACAAGCAGUUGUGCUCUCACUUUGGACCAUCGUUUUGCAAACUCAUAUAUCCAGGAUGCUCACAGUGGGCGUCAUCGUCGCGGGCAGAUCAAUUGACUUGCCCCAUAUCGAAAAUACAAUGGGGCCACUGUUCAAUACAAUACCUUUCUUUAACCAGAGUCUUGUCGGCUUAACGUGGAAGGGCCUGGUUCGGCGUUGCCAUGAGUUCAACACUGAUAUUCUGCCAUUUCAACACGUACCCCUCAGGGACAUUCAGAGAUGGUGCUCUAAAAGUCAACCAUUAUUUGACAACCUUUUCGCCUUUCGAGUGGGAAGCUUAGAGUCACGGUCUGGGGAAGAGGAAAAUCCAUGGACCAUAGUUGAAGGCCAGCAGGUAAAUAUUGAUUAUCCGCUCGCUUUUGAGGCAACUGAUACACGGGAUGGACAGUUACACGUUCGCUUAGUGGCCUGCGAAGACGUACUAAAUAGCGAGGCAAUGGAAGGAAUGAUCAAUCAUUUCCACCAAAUGAUGACGACAGUCAGGCAAGAUACGUUGCUAGCAGAAAACGUACCGGAACAAGCCGUAGCUACUACUUGCAAACUUUCCGCUGUGCCUCAUAGUCGUACUGAGAACGCACCGGAGCAAGAGUCCGAUUGGACCCCGAUUUCGUUGGCGCUCAGAGACGAGCUUUGCAUACUUGCCGGAAUUUCGCCUGAGCACAUCGGUCCGGAUACUUCGAUUCUUGAUCUAGGAAUAGACAGCAUCGACUCUAUCAAGAUCUCGGCUAGGUUGGCGAAAAGGGACAUCAAAGUAUCAGCAUCGCAAAUCGUCCGUUUCCAGACCAUCUCUGCUAUUACUGGCGCGUCCUCGGCUGUUUCCAUUCCUCAAAACAGCACAAACAGUGCCAUUCUGGCAGAUAUCAAACGCGGCUUGAAAUCUUAUUUGGAAGCCCGAAGCGUUGACUUGAGUCAGCUGGAGGAUGUUCUUCCACCAACGCCGCUACAACAGUCUAUGAUUGCAGGAAUGAUCGAGUCCGAUUUCGAAUGGUACUUCAAUCAAGACAUAUUAGAGCUGAAUGAGGGCGUUGAUAUAAUCAGACUAAAAGAAGCAUGGGAAACGGUAGUUGAGGCAUCUCCAAUCUUGCGUACCGGCUUUCUGGAAGUGGACAGUUGCGAAUACGACAUUUCCUAUUGCCAAGUUGUAUUCAGGCAAAAGCAAGUCUAUAUUUCGCUAGAUCAAGCUGAAGACAUCUCCCAAUUGCAGUGCUACUUGAGCAGGGCGUCAAACAUUGCUCGCAAGGGGGCAGCAACAAGCGGUCUCUUCCAGGUUGCACUGGUUUCAACACCGCACAAGAGCUACAUGAUUAUUUCCAUGGCUCAUGCCAUAUACGACGGCUGGUCGUUGGGACUGACGUUUCAAGAUGUAAAAGCAGCUUAUCGGGACAGCUUUAAGCCGCGCAAUCACUGGCAAAUUCUCGACUCCGAGCCUGCGCUGUUCAUGUCCCCGAAGGCCGACGCCUUUUGGGAAGAAUAUCUGGCAGAUGCGUCGCCGACCAUCUUCGAAAAGAAGGCGAUGGAUCGCGAUGGAUCGCAGGAGCCUGAAGGAGUGUACAGGUCGGAAACUCUUAGUGCGCAACAAGUUUCUGAAAUUGGAGAGUUUUGCAAGCGCGCCUCGGUCAGCCUUCAGUCUCUGUGUUUGGCUUGCUGGGCCGCUGUUUCGGCAUCCUGGGUGCAGUCACUUGACACCGUUUUCGGCGUCGUGCUCUUUGGGAGGGACUUUGAAGGGGCACACGAGCUCAACUUUCCGACAAUAAACACGGUUGCGUUCCGGUCUCUCCUGCACGGCUCGGCAUCUGUGUUUUUAAGUUAUAUGGAAUCCAACCUCGCCGACGUUAGGACCCAUCAAAGAGUUUCCCUACGCGAUGCGCAGGCAUCUAUGAGACUGGGAAGCAAGAGAAAGAGACUGUUCAACUCAUUGUUCAUCCUGCAGAAGUCUCGCACAAACCAGGAACCUGAUGCGUGGAAAUCUAUUGGCAGCUCUUCAGCAGUCGAGUAUCCUAUUUGCGUGGAGGCGGAGUUGAGCGAAGACCACCUCGUCUGGCGAGUGGCUUGUAAAAAGGAUCAUUUUUCGCAAAGUGAAGCCGAGGAAAUCUUGUCCAAGCUAGACCAGGUCUUGCAUUACUUUCUGAGCUCCCCCGAGUCCGAAGUACUGUCCUUCUCUGAUGAUGGGGUGUCAAUAUGCGGAAUGCCCAGCUGGCCCACGAAAGACACUGUCCUCCAAGAUGAAGAGGAUGUAGGGGCGGAUCUAAACGAAGGGGUCCUCAUGGACGAAUGGAGCGAAACGUCAAGUCACAUUCGCCAAGUGUUGUCCGAGGUGUCGGCGGUACCACUUGAGUCGAUUCUUCCUGCCUCUACGCUUUACCAUCUUGGUCUUGACUCCAUCAGCGCAAUCAAGGUUUCACUGUUGCUGAGAAGGCGCAAUAUCCGCCUGAAGCCUCGCGAUCUAGCCGAGGCGAAUAGUAUUUCGGAAAUGGCUAGGCGCACAAGUUGGGACGAGACGCCCCUGAACGCAUCGCAUGCACAAACGCGAAACUGGAAAGUAGACCACUUCGUGUCCGAAGAGCAUGUUCUGAAUCGGUGCGGCGUUAUGCCUCGGGACGUCAUGGCCGUUUUGCCCGCAACUCCCUUGCAGGUAUACAUGUUGAGCGUGUGGCACGGUUCGGGCGGGUCAGUAUUCUAUCCCGAGUUUCACUACGAAGCGCCGAGUACAUAUACACACGGCCAGAUUUCGAAAGCAUGGAGCAAGGUGGUUCGAAUGGUGCCGAUACUCAGAGCUCGCCUAGUGAGCACAGGAAGCCGAGCGCUGCCGUGGGUUCAAGUGGUGCUCAAUGGCGAGCCACGCUCUUCAGAGCGAUUUGAUCAGCCUCUAGUCCAGUUUCUGGCUCAACAAUCUCAGAAUGAGAAAUCCUGGAUUAUACGCUUAUGCAUCCACCACGCACUGUAUGACGGCUUCAGCUUGCCCCGGAUAAUGCAGCUCUACGACGAAGCACUACAGAAGGGCGAUUUGUUUGACCAAGCCCAGUCCAGUGUCGCAUUCGCCAAGUGGCAGGAGUUUUCCACCGCACCAUUGCUACCAGCCAACAUGCAGACUAGGAAAGCGUUCUGGAUGGCUUACCUAGCGGGCUGUGGGCCAGCAUCCUCCCGCUUCGCCAGCACAUUCCCGUCUCUUGGCUCUACAGCCGCGAGAGUCUCCUAUCUUCGAGAGAAAGCUCUGGUCAGCGUCACCAAGCUGAGAAAGCUGGCGUCCACGAAUGGCAUAAGCUUGCAGUCCCUGCUCCUGGCCGCUUACGCAAAAAGCCUUUGCCCUGACGGCACUGGGGCGGGCGUCGAGUCCAGCAUAGUGUUUGGCCUUUAUCUCGCAAACAGAACGUCGAGCAAAGAGGAGCUGGACACGACGUAUCCAACCCUGAACUUGGUCCCGCUCCGCGUCAAUCUAAGCAGGGGUGAUGAUGUCGUCAACGUUGGUGGCGCAAUCCACGAGGAUCUGAAGCUCAUACAAGCUGAGGGGAGGGCGCAAGUCGGCCUCUGGGAGAUACAUGCCUGGACAGGCAUGCAGAUUCACACGUUUGUCAACAUCCUAUCGCUACCGGACGGCGGCCACGGAGCGGACGUGACAGCACAGCCUGGCGUGAUGCGCGCAACCAAGCAAGAGAGGACACUAGAUCAGAAUAUACGUCUUGAGCCCCUGAAGACGCCAUGGCUGCAAGGCAAUGCUGUCCAAGACGCGUACCCGGUGCCUCUUGAUGUUGAGAUGUCCGUGAGCGAAUCGGGCUUGGAUAUCGGCGUGUUUGGAUCGACGGACAUGUUGUCUCGGGCGGAAGCACCAUUAUUGGUGGACAGCAUUCUGGAACACCUACAGGACGUGGCGUAG